CGGUGUUGGUCUAGACAUAUGACUUCGCUCCGCUGUCUUGGGAAGUUCGAGCAGGAAGAGAGACCGAGAGUCCUAUUUAUUUGACGUGAUGUGCAAACCGGUGACUCAUUUGAGCACGAUGUUUUUGUUUUCAUCACUUCUACCGAGAUGUUUGAUAGACGACAUGACCACUGUGUAUGACUACCGGCACAGGCGUCUGUCCGUGCCAGAUAAGUUUGUUUUUUUUUUCAGAUUUUACAAUGCCCUGGAGUGCUAGCAACAGCAGGUU